GAGACUGCUUCAAUCUGACGACGAGAUCGUGAUUGACCCCCCACUGAACGUCGAACGACACCCAAAUCACCAAUCCACCUCCUCCGAGCGCGGCUCACUCGUCGACACAAUGGCAGGCGGCGUACCCCACAACAAAAUGGCGAUGGACCCGGCCAUCAUCAAGCUCGGGAACAUGCAGUCGCAGCGUCACCUCUACUUUCGCUGGACCAAGAGGACGGCGCGCGUCACCUUCAUGUAUGCCGUUGUCGUGCCCGUCAUCAUUGGGUUCAUCGGUUACAAGACGGACGGACUCUGGGAGAUGCGUGCGAAGCGCAAGGGCGACCUCCUCGCUGAGCGGUAGAGAACGAACGGAGCGAUGGGGAAGGGUUGUAAAUAUCAGAGGGAUAAGCAGAGCGGCAAUCCAGUGCGGUGCCAUGACAAAACAAUUUUCUCGUUACAAUCCACUCUUCCAC